AUGUGCGGCCGCGGCCUGUGGAUGAUCGGUGCCGGCAAGUACGGCCUGUCCUCCGUGAGGCACGGCCUGCCCAGCCUGCUGCUCCUCGUGCUCGCGGCCGCCUCGCUGGCGUGGCUGCUGGAGCUGUCGGCUGCGCUGUCGGAGUUCGCGACCAGCUGUAGCUUCGCCGUGCAGACCUGGUUCUUCUCCACAGAGACGGGGAGGUCCGACCUCCUGGUGGCCCGCGGGUACAUCAGAGGUGUGCGGUACCACCUGGGGACGCUGGCAUGGGGGUCCCUUCUCAUCCCGCUCGCGCGCUUUCCCCGAAUGGCGGCGGCCUGCUGCGGUGCGUGCGAGGGCUCGCGCGACGGCCCCUGCGUGGACCUCGGGCCCGUGGCCCUGCCCGCGCAGGCCCCCGAGGCGCAGGCCCCCGCGGCCGCGGGCCCGCCCGGCGCCCGCCCCCGGGGCGGGCUCCACCGGCUGCACCGGCGCGCCUACGUGGACACCGCCCACGGCGGCCGCGCCUUCUGCGAGGCCUCCGCGAGGGCCGCGGAGGUCAUGGCGCUCGCGGGCGGCCUCGAGGGCGUCAUGCUCAUCUGCAAGGGCGCGGGCGUGGGAGCCAUCGCGACCGCAGGCGCUGCCCUCACGUACGCCUGCUGCAGGUCCCUGCCGAUGUACAGCGGGCCGGAGCGCGCGGAGUACGUCCAGGACCCCAUGUUCCUGGCCACGGCCUCCGCGGUGGCCAGCUUCGUUCUCGCCCUGCCUCUCGCGGGGGUCUUCGACAAGGUGGUGGACACGAUCGUGUACUGCGCCGCCGUCGGCGACAGCCCCAGCGGCGGCGCCGCCCAGCUGGAGGCGGGCCUGCGGCACGCGCUCGAGCUCCGAGGGCGCAGCGGCGAUCUCUAG